GGGACAUCACCGUCUCGAGUUGACAAUCACAUCUGGCGUUCAAAGUAUGUUUGUAUGUCUGUAAUGUAAUCAUCUGACGCGGCUUUCACGAAACACACGAUUGGUCCACUCCCUCAGUGCCAAAAAAUCCGCGCUGGCAUUGAGACGGUCUAUAGCGUCCGCCGCAAGUCUUUGCUGGGGCUCCACCGCGAAACUCGCCACCGAGAAGGUCGUCUAUUGCUUGCGACGACCGCAGCAUCGUCUGCAACAUAACGCGUCAAGUCGUCCAUCGAUUUCGCCCAUCAGAAUGCCUCGCGCGACGCGGUCAUCGACUGCGAAAGCCUCUGGGCAGGAUCGGCUUUCAAGUCCGCCAGCGACGCCGAGGACCUCGAAGGCCGCAGCCACCCCCAAGUCCAAGGCCAGAGCCAAAGCUACGCCGAAGAGCAACACAAAACCGGCCACGAAGUCUGAGAAUGGUCCUCGCACUCCCGCGAGCAGUCGCAAACGUACGAGGACCGCGAUCAAGCAAGAAAACGAUGACGGCGAUCUGCCGCACAAUCUCGGCACGGCAUUGCCUACGCCCAGCGCCGAGGAAGACUCCCCCGAUGACGAUGCGCCGCCUUCUAAGCGUUCGAAGCGUUCCGUGAAGAAAGAGGAACCUGUCGAGAACUCGGCAGUCAAAGAUGAAUUCGACGAAGAAGUAGUCACCGCUCCCAGAGAAACGCCAAAGAAGACGCCCAAGAAGGCGAACUAUGGACUGACCCCUGGCAUCUCACCUUACCCCGAUUAUGAGCAUCCGACACGCGAGGAAUGCAAGGAGGUGGUUCGGUUGCUGGAAAAGGUCCACGGCAAGGUCAACGUCCCCAAGGCCAUCCCGCCGCCUUCGUUGGAUGUCGCCGGCUGUGGCGAGGUCCCGUCGGUCCUCGACGCCCUGAUCCGCACGCGCCUCAGCGCCAACACGACGAACAAGAACUCCAGCACCGCCUUUCAGGGUCUCGUAUCCCGGUUCGGGACGCUGAAGGAAGGCAUCGGCAAAGGCAGCGUGGACUGGGACGCGGUGCGACGCGCCCCGCAGAAGGACGUCUUCAAGGCCAUCGAGCGCGGCGGCCUGGCCGACAGGAAGUCGAAGGACAUCCAGGCGAUCAUCCAAAUCGCAUACGACGAGAACCAAGAACGCAAAGCCGCCCUGGAGGGGAAGUCCGGAGACCCCGCCGGCGCCGAACACGCGGACGAGAGCGAGAAGAAGGACGAGAUCAGCAAAGCCAAGCAACACGUCAUCUCCUUCGACCACCUGCACCUCCUCAGCACGGAGGACGCCAUCGCCAAGAUGCUCACGCUGCCGGGGAUCGGGCCGAAGACGGCCUCCUGCGUCGCGCUGUUCUGCCUGCAGCGGCCGUCGUUCGCCGUGGACACGCACGUGUUCCGGCUGUGCCAGUACCUCGGCUGGGUGCCGAAGACGACGCGGAAAGGCCAGCCGAAGGUCGAUCGCAACACGACCUUCUCGCACUGCGACGUGCGCAUCCCGGACGAGUACAAGUACCCCCUGCACUACCUCCUCAUCCGCCACGGCAAGACCUGUCCGCGCUGCCGCGCCGUCACGGGUCAGAGCAGCGCGGUGUGGGACGAGGGCUGCCCGAUUGAGCACCUCGUCACGCGCCACGGGUCGAAGAAGGGUGGCGUCUCGGUGCAGGCGCGCAGGAAGGCCAAGGAGGCGGCCGGCAAGGCGGAUGAUGACGCCGACGAGAGCGAUCUGAGCGAUGCGCCCGAGGACGAUGAGUGAAUGGGGGCAUAUCGGGGAAGAACUAAAUUUCGCCGGCUACGGGGUUUGUGGUUGUAACUUCAGGCCGGAUGUUGUUGUACAAUUCCUUGUCUUGAUAGCAUCUGUAAUUUUAUCAUGAUAUCGUUUGCUCGACGCAGCCCAUUGUCUGGAUGAUCCGGCUCGGGCGGUUUCGAAUCGUCCACAUAUUGUCGCUGUUUUGACCAAGAACGGAACGAACCCAUCGACGCUAUAGAGAAGGCGGAUUGAUUGCUUGGAAUAUUCAUCUCUAUUCUGA